UUUUUCUUCACAUUCCUCCAUUCACUCUCAUUCACUUCCUGUCAAAACAGUAAAAAACAAAAAAUUAUCCAGAUAGAAAUAAAACAACAAUGUUGACAUAUGCUGAGCAAACGGAGAAUAAGCCCGUCGUUAUGAUCGUCGGCGGUGGUCUUGGCGGUUUGAUGUUGGGUAUUCUUCUAGAGCGAAUCAAUGUCCCAUAUCAUAUUUUCGAACGCGCAACCGAGAUCAAGCCUCUUGGAUCGGCCAUGUCCUUAAGUGUCAACAUCAUGCCCGUGUUCGAACAACUUGGUCUGCUGGAUGAGUUGUUGUCCUUCUCAGUUUCGUAUAACAACUCGACCAUGUAUGAUCACAAGCUCAAUGUACUUGGUACUGUCAGCAUGAAAGAUCAAAAGCAAAUCUGUGGGUAUGACAAGGUGAUUUUCGCCCGUCCAAAGCUGCAUGCAAUGAUGCUCCGUCAGAUCCCAACAGAUAAAAUCACCUUCGGCAAGCGAGUCUUGAGGACUGAAGAAAUAGAUAAUAAGGUCUUGAUCCAUUGUUCAGAUAACUCAACAUAUUCGGGUGAUAUCUUAGUUGGCGCCGAUGGAGCCUACAGUUCAGUGCGUCAAUCACUUUACAAACACCUUUUAGAGCAAGGGAUCUUGCCCAAGUCAGACUCGGAGAAUUUGUCGCUAGGUUAUAACUGUAUGGUGGGCGUCACGGAUCCUUUAGAUCCCGAGAAAUAUCCUCAGCUCAAGGAUGAUUUCGCACACUUUACAGCCAUUCUUGGAAAGCAACGCCUCAGCUGGGGUGUGGUGAAUGUGCCUGGCAAUCAAAUCUGCUGGAUUUUGUUGGUUCAAUUCGACAAUGCAGAUGAUGCGGCAGAGCAAAGAUUCCGUAACUCGGAAUGGGGGCCAGAGUCCACAGAUGCGAUGGUCAAGGAGUUUCGCGAUGCUUUGAACCCUUAUGGUGGUACCAUGGGUGAGCUCAUCGAUGCUACCCCCAAAGAGAGACAAUCUAAAGUCUUUUUGGAGGAGAAAUUGUUUGAAACUUGGUUCCAUGGCCGUACAGUCCUUGUGGGAGAUGCAUGUCAUAAGAUGAUCCCUGCUGCUGGUCAAGGCGCUAUCAAUGCAAUGCAGGACGCAGUUAUUCUUGCCAAUUGCUUCUACGAUAUGCCCGAUGCCAGCUUGAAGAGCAUUACGGCUGCUUUCCAGGACUAUUUCGAUCAACGCUAUGAGCAUGCAAAGAUGCAGAUCGACAUCAGCAAGUUUUUGGGCAAGGUCUUUGCUGGCCAGUCAUUCUUUGAGCGAAUUUUCCGUAAAAUGAUCUUGAAUUAUAUCCCAGAUUGGAUGAAUGCUCGCAAUAACAUCAAGGUUGCAUCCUAUCGUCCUCAAAUCACUUGGAUGCCUUUUGCACCCAAUCGCGGCACAGGUCCUAUUCUUCCUCAGAAACCCUGCAAGCGGUAUCAGAAAGAGCAGGCAAGGAGGGCUGAGGCCCAGGGUUCUAUCCCAAAUACAAUAUCAUCCACCACUUCGGCCUCAGUGGUUUAAAAAAAAAAAACAAUUAUUAAUCUACAUCGCAUGC